AUGCCCCAAACCAGUGCUCCAGCGAACAAGCCUGUUAAACACAGGGCUUGCGAUGAGUGCAGAACACGGAAGCUAGCAUGCUCCAAGGAUCCAGAUGGAUGUGAGCGUUGCAGGAGAGAGAACAUUGUGUGCCAUUAUUCUGAGCAGAAACCUAUGGGUCGACCUCGAAAGCGUCAAUUCAUCGAGACUACAAGGGAGGAACCUACCAACAAUGCGAACAUUGACAUCGACGUUUCGGCGCUCCCUCUCGUUGCAGAUGACCUAGAGGGCUACAAUGACUCCAAUGUAGCGGAGCCAUACUUCACCAAUACGCAGUCGAGUUAUGGCCUACGUCCAGAGCCUACUAGCGAGCAGCUCAUGUCGAAGCUUGACAAUGGGCGAACUAUUUGGCAUUUUGGGGACGGUGAUAUUAUGAAUGGACCACACAUAAACUUUGGUAAUAUCGAUUUUGGGCCCCCAGAUGGACCUCUGCCCUCUCUGGACUCAGCACCUCAGCUCACGACUUCGAAUGCCUCUGUGUCUGAUAGCGAACAAUCUACCCCUCAAGCUCUACCUCUUGGACCAUGCAGUUGCUUACCAUCUAUGUACCUCAGUCUAUCAGCGCUGCAGACUCUUCCGACUGAUAUAGUGGUGGCAUUGAAGACUGUUCGUAGCGCUGCUGCAACGGCUGCAUCUUGUAUUUGGUGCGCUCAAUGUGGAGCAAUUGUCCUGGACAAUCCAAAUCCUCCGAUUGAAUCCUUUCAGAAUACUAUGCUUCUCGGGACUAUAUUGCCUAUCAUAGCCAAUAGCUAUCAAAAGCUACUCAAAAUGGUCGAUGAUGAGACAGAUGCCGCAGAAGCUGCUGGUGAGACAAAGACCUUCCGUUUCCAGGACUAUGGAGGACUGUGCGGUAAACAGAAGACCGUGGAACACACUAUGGCUUGCCUUGACAAGGAAUUAAUGUUCAACGCAGUGGAAAUGCCUGCUCACCAAUGGAGGACCACCGUUCGUGCUCUACUCAGAGUGGAUAUCUAUGGCCAUGAACAGGAUGGUUUCAGGCACAAAGGAUUGAAAGACUUGGUUGGCGAGAUGGAAUUACGCCAACGAACUCGGCAUGACAUGUUAGACGCUCAUGUUGCUGCUGGCAAUAUGGAGUACGGGUCAUUUGGGCAGAAAUUAUGUCUUGGAGAGCAAACCCAUGGUUGCCUCCAGAUUCUUAAGAUGGCAAAGGUCGCCAUUGAUGCUUUGGUCAUUGCAUGA